AUGUUUCUGGAUCGUCUACGUACUGCGCAGCCCAACGGCGCGUGCGUGAUGGAGUCCUUCGACGUUACCGCCCUUUAUACAAACGUGUCAAAUGACUCCGCAAUGCAAGCCAUAUUCGAACUCCUUACACAACACGAAGGAGAAAUAAACAUAUGGUCUGGAAAGUACUACGCUCAAAUAAGAGGGUUGGCAAUGGGACAACGACUGGCUCCAAGCCUUGCCAUUGCAUUUAUGUCUAAGGUGGAAGCACCGGUGACUGAUCUCGGUCCGCUACUCUACUGUAGGUAUGUAGGCGACUGCUUUGUCCUUUGCUCAACACAAGAAGAAAUCGACAGAUGUUUCGAGUUGUUGAACACACAGUCAGAGUAUAUUAAAUUCACCCGAGAGAAACCAAAAGAAGACUGGCUUCCAUUUCUGAACGUGCAAAUUAGCCUAUCAGAAAACGGCUACAUUACGAAGUGGUAUCGAAAGCCAAGUAGUAAAAACAUCCUAGCUCAUUACCUCCCCUCUCAUCCCUCUCACACGAAAAGGGCGCUUGUGAGAAACAUGUAUCGAACAGCUACCAGCGUGUGCACAGGAAGACAACAGAGAGAGGAGUCCCGGAACUUGGAGCGGCAAAUAGCCAUUUUUAAUGGCUACGAAUCUGUAGCUCAGGAUAGGUGUAGAGGAAAUCGUAGGCCUCCAAACGACAACUCUAGCGAUAGAAGGGUCCCGUUUAUCCUACCCUUCAUCUCAAAUGAUAUAAGUACAGCUAUAAAACGCUGCUUAAGAAGGGCGGGCUUAGAGAAUUCGGUGAGCGUAGUUGAAAUACCACCGAGUAAUCUUAAGCGCCAGCUAGUUCGUAACCGCCUAUAUGACCGUCUAUGUGCAACUCAAAAUUGCAUAAUUUGCCCCAGUGGUAGAGACGGUGAUUGCAUGAGCUCGGGUAUAGUUUAUCUGAUCUCCUGUAAGACGUGUGGUGACGAAUACAUUGGCGAAUCGGGUAGACCCCUCUGUGUCCGCAUGAAAGAACACCUAGCCGGCAAAAAUAGACCAAAUAGCCCGCUAGGUACGCACAGGACCCAGAGACAUAACGGGGACGACUUUGAAGUAUGUGUCACGAUCCUCGCACGCGAAUCAAGAACACAGGCGCGAAGAACUCUCGAGGCACUCUGGAUUAAUUCCAGAAAUCCGAAAAUGAACCGCAGGGAAGAAUGCCUCAUUAUCACGCAUGAUAUAGGGCAGUAUAUAAAACUGCUUUUCUGA